GGUCAAGACUGAUUAAGACCAAUCAAUAUGGCAGCCUCCACGAAACUUUUCGGGUGCCGCUAGAGUGACUUUUUUCGUCUCUUGCACCAGUGCACCGUGUUUCCAAAAUGUCAAAAACCGAAAGCCGUGUACCUUCGUCCCUGCAGUCAAAAUAUCUUCAGAAGUUCGAUGGCCUGACGCUGUCCAAAUCCGAAUCAGACGACUCCGACGAAGAUGAUGGCGAGCCUCGUGGGAUCACGUUUUUCGUUGACAGCAAACCACGGGUCGAGCCGGAGACGGAAGAAGCACCGUGCAAGACAACAGAGAAGGUCAAGCUGGCGUCAGAGCUCAACCCAGGCAUCAACCUUGGUGACACUUAUGUGGCAGCUCGUGAUGCUGCAUCUAAGUCGGCUCAGAAAAUCAGGGAACUCGUGCUUGAGUCAUCUGCUGACUGUCUGCUAAAGGGAAGCGUCCUCACUCCUGGCUUUGAGAAGAAGGAUUGCGUACCUCCGUACUCCGAGUCCAUGAGGCGUAUCAAACUACGCCGCAAGGAGGAACGCAGCAAAACAAAAGGCCCUGGUUGGUUUGGCUUGCCUGCUCCUGAAAUGACUGAUGAACUGAAGCAUGACUUGGAGGUUCUUCGCAUGAGGCAUGUCCUUGACCCCAAGCGCUUCUACAAGAAAAAUGACCUGAAGGACUUGCCCAAGUAUUUCCAGGUGGGGACGGUGAUGGACUCACCAGCUGAUUUCUACCAUGCAAGGGUGCCCAAGAAGGAUCGCAAGCAAACUAUGGUUGAAGAAUUGCUGGCUGAUGCAGAGUUCAGACGAUUCAACAAGAAGAAAUAUAGUGAGGCUAUGGCCCGGCAGCAGCGAGCAGUUUCGAAGAAGGCCUUGAUGCACAUGAAGCGGCUGAAAAAGCGGAAGAAAUAAAACCUUUUGUAAGAACUUUUA